GCUCUUCCAGUGUCUCAGUUUUGUUUGCAUGCUGUGUCUUAAUUCUCAGGGCUCCACGCCCCGGCCCCUGGAUUUUUAUUGUGCCGCGCAGAAUUCGCACCGGGAUCCCUGCUAGAGAGCUGGCUUCGUGACCCUCUCAAUUCUCAGUGCCCCAUGUUGUCUGAAUUCCCCGCGUGUCCUGAGCCUCCCUUUUUCGGCUCAGAUUUUACUACUGCUUAUCCGGAUCUCACCUCUCUGGCUUUAGCCUGCUGCUCAGAUUGCCCCUCAGGCCUUCCGCUCUCUCCAGACUCACCGCUUCCCCGACAUCCAUUCUUGCCUGGCCUCUCGUCUGCCUUAUCUGUUUUUCUCAGUCUGACUGCUUAUCUCUCCAUGAUCUCAAGAUCUUUGGAUUUCAGAAGUUUCAGGUCUUCAAAGCUUCACCUUUCUCCAAAGGCAGAUGUGAAGAGCUUGAUCUCUUAUGUGGUGACCAAGACAAAAGUGAUUAAUGGGAAAUACCAUCGUUUCUUGGGUCGUCAUUUCCCCCGCUUCUAUGUCCUGUAUACAAUCUUCAUGAAAGGCUCCGGACGCGCAGGCUCAGCGGCCGUGGCUCACGGGUCCAGCCGCUCCGCGGCAUGUGGGAUCUUCCUGGACUGGGGCACGAACCCGUGUCCCCUGCAUCGGCAGGCGGACUCUCAACCACUGCGCCACCAGGGAAGCCCACUCUACUUUUUUUAUCAUAACACCAGUUAUAGUAAACUCCCACAUUGUCAGCUCUGAAUAUUAUAAUUAUUACUAGCUUCAUGUACUUGCAAAAGCUGUAAAGUGGAGAUAAGAAUGACUGCUUUGUCUGCUCCCCAAUUUAUAACUAAAAUCAAAUGAAAAAAAGAGUCUGAAAGCAUUUUGGUUGUUUGUGUUUAAGCCUUUUAUUACAGAAAACUUCAAACAUAACACAGAAGUAGAGUAAUACAAUGAACUUCCAUAUUCUCAACCUCACUUCAACAAUUAUUGACUCACGGCCACCAGUCUUAUAUCAAUUAUACAUUGGCUUUCUCCUGUAUUAUUUUGAAGCCAACCUAGACAUUAUACCAUUUCAUUCAUAAAUAGGAAAACAUUUUUAUGAACUAAAGUUCUAGGUCAGUGUAAGGAUUAUCUUGGAAUGAAGUGAAAAUGCAAUCUUAGAAAUAUGUUGAAUUCCAGUAAUUAUAAAAGUGUUCUAGAAAGGAGAAAAGUUAAUAUCUGGUUGAGAUAUACAAAGGGUUAAUUGAGCAAGACUUCCUGAGGUUAAAGAGCUUUGAAUUUUUAUUUUAAAAAGGGAGUGAGUAAUGAACCAGAAGAGGGAGACCAUUCCCUGGUAGAUCACAGAACGCCAGCUUGGCAGGAAGAGAGGAUUGCAGAUGUUAUGGGCUGAUGCCAAAAAGGCUAGAAGAAUAAAGACAAAUAUGUGGAAGCACAAUAUAAAGUUUCAUCAACUUUCAUACCGGGAGAUGGAGCAUUUGAGACAGUUCCGUCGAGACGUCGCCAAGUGUCUUUUCCUAGGUAUUCUUUCCAUUCCACCCUUUGCCAACUACCUGGUCUUCUUGCUAAUGUACCUGUUUCCUAGGCAACUGCUGAUCCAACAUUUCUGGACCCCAAAGCAACAAAUUGAUUUCUUAGAUAUCUAUCAUGCUCUCCGGAAGCAGUCCCACCCAGAAAUUCUUUGUUAUUUAGAAAAGGUUAUCCCUCUCAUUUCUGAUUCAGGACUCCGGUGGCAUAUGACAGAAUUGUGCACCAAGAUGCAACGUGGUACCCACCCAGCAAUACAUGAUAUCCUGGCUCUGAGAGAGUGUUUCUCUAACCGUCCUCUGGGCAUGAACCAGCUCCAUGCUUUGCAGAUGAAAGCCUUGAGUCGAGCAAUGCUUCUCACACCUUAUCUGCCUCCUGUCUUGUUGAGAUACCGUUUAAAGACUCAUACCACUGUGAUUCACCAACUGGACAAGGCUUUGGCAAAGCUGGGGAUUGGUCAGCUGACUGCGCAGGAGGUGAAGUCGGCUUGUUAUCUUCGUGGCCUGAAUUCCACCCAUAUUGCUGAAGAGAGGUGUCGAACUUGGCUGGGAGAAUGGCUGCAGCUUUCCUGCAGCCUGAAAGAAGCUGAGCUGUCCCUCUUGCUACACAAUGUGGUCCUGCUUUCCAUCAACUACAUUGGGACAAGGCGCUGAGCCGACAAGGAGCAGGUGGCAUUGUCCUGCAUGCAGUCACAUAGUCCAGCAGCGUGGGACCAAACAGCACUUGUCAGCAAAGAGUGUGUGCCCUGUUAGGCGUGUGCAAGGCAGAGGAGCAGGUGCCCGUGUGGCAGCU